UCUUCUCUCCUGACAGACCGCAAAUGACCUCAGUCUCCGCAAUAUCACACAACUUAGACUGGAGCGCUCAAUAAACGGCAUACCGGGAGCGAUGGCCGGGAUGUUCGGGAAGAUAUUCGUUGGCAUUUAUGUGGAGAUAAAACGGAGCGACGGACGAAUACACCAGGCGAUGGUCACAUCACUGCAUGAAGACAAUGAGAGUGUGACAGUGGAAUGGAUUGAGAACGGAGACACCAAAGGGAAAGAGAUUGAUCUGGAGAGCGUCUUUGCUCUGAAUCCAGAUGUAGCUCCUGAUGAAGAGAUACCACAGAGUCCCGAGGCUCCUGUUCCUCCCUCCAAUGUUGCCAAAACCAGCAAAGUACCCAAGACCAGACGGACUACAGCAAUACCCAAGGCUGAAAAUACCCCACGGGAGAACAGAGCUGCCUCAGUGGGAACAACCCGGGCACGUCCCAGUCAGCACAGCCAAGCUGCGGAGCCACCCCCACCAACCAUCGUUCCCCAGCCUGCCGUAAACCAGUCCCUGAUACAGCAGCAGAACGCACGGAGGAAAUCUAACUGUGUGAAGGAGGUGGAGAAACUGCAGGAGAAAAGAGAGAAGAGACGUCUUCAGCAACAAGAGCUCAGAGAGAAGAGGGCACAAGAGGUGGACGUUAAUUUACCAAACUAUGAGAUUAUGUGUAUGAUCAGAGACUUCAGAGCCAGUCUGGACUACAGACCUUUAACCACAAACGAUCUGAUUGAGGAGCACAGGAUAUGCGUGUGCGUUCGUGCACGUCCCCUCAACAAAAAAGAGUUAUCAACAAAGGAUCUGGAUGUGAUCACCAUUCCCAGUAAGGACGUUGUAAUGGUCCAUGAGCCCAAGCAGAAAGUUGACUUGACCCGCUACCUGGAGAACCAGACCUUCCGAUUUGACUAUGCCUUUGAUGAGAACUCCACCAAUGAAAUGGUUUACAGGUUCACUGCUCAGCCGCUGGUUGAGACCAUUUUUGAGAGGGGAAUGGCGACGUGCUUUGCAUACGGACAAACUGGAAGUGGAAAAACACAUACAAUGGGAGGGGACUUCUCAGGAAAGAACCAGGACUGCUCCAAAGGGAUCUAUGCACUGUCUGCCAGAGACGUUUUUCUCAUGUUAAAGAAGCCAAAUUAUAAGAAGCUGGACCUGCAAGUUUUUGCCACAUUUUUUGAAAUUUACAGUGGGAAGGUGUUUGACCUGUUAAACCGUAAAGCCAAGUUACGGGUGCUGGAGGACGGGAAGCAGCAGGUGCAGGUGGUGGGCCUGCAGGAGAGGGAGGUGAAAUGCACAGAAGACGUCCUCAAACUCAUCGAAGUGGGAAACAGCUGCAGGACGUCUGGGCAGACAUCGGCCAACGCUCACUCCUCCCGGAGUCACGCUGUUUUCCAGAUCAUCCUGCGUCGGCGGGGGAAGAUGCAUGGAAAGUUCUCUCUUAUCGACCUGGCGGGGAAUGAGAGAGGGGCAGACACGUCCAGCGCUGACCGGCAGACUCGCCUCGAGGGAGCAGAGAUCAACAAGAGUCUGCUGGCACUCAAGGAGUGUAUUCGAGCCCUGGGCAGAAACAAACCACACACUCCAUUUAGAGCCAGCAAGUUAACCCAAGUGCUGCGGGACUCGUUCAUCGGCGAAAACUCCAGAACAUGCAUGAUUGCAACCAUCUCUCCUGGGAUGGCAUCUUGUGAAAACACACUGAACACAUUGAGAUAUGCCAACAGAGUAAAGGAAUUUGGGAUAAGUCCCUCAGACAUUCCCUUCUCCCAGAGUGGGGGUGGAGGAGGUCGCUCUGAGCUCUCCCCUACCUAUGAGGUGAAGGAGCUCACAGUGGACCCUGCGGCAGCCAUGAUGGAGAGCCAUCAGGGAGGACACAUCACGCAGCUGGAGGUGCUGGAGGCUCAGUGGGGAGUGGGGAGCUCUCCACAGAGAGAUGAUCUGAAGCUGCUUUGUGAACAGAACGAGGAAGAGGUUUCCCCGCAGCUCUUCACUUUCCAUGAAGCCGUCUCUCAGCUGGUAGAAAUGGAGGAGCAGGUGCUAGAGGAUCACAGGGCUGUUUUUCAGGAGUCGAUCCGGUGCUUGGAGGAUGAGAAGGUGCUUCUGGAAAUGACAGAGGAGGUGGACUAUGAUGUUGAAUCAUAUGCAACUCAGUUAGAACAAAUCCUGGACCAGAAGAUAGACAUUCUUACUGAGUUAAGAGAUAAAGUCAAGUCUUUCCGUUGUACUCUCCAGGAAGAGGAACAAGCUAGCAAACAAAUCACCCCCAAGAGGCCUCGGGCGCUAUAGACGCAUAACAUGUGCUAUUUCACUGAUUGGUCCUCAGAGAGGUGAAGGCCAUAAGGAGGUCAGUGCUGAUGAAGCAGCUGAUUUAACUCAGCUGUGAUUUUAUGGUGUGAGUUCCUGUAAGUGUGUUUGGUUUUCCCUGACCUCUCUGCUGUACAGACUGCUUCCUGUCAUCCAUCCAUUUGCAAAGCCAAAGAGCGUACCGCCCACGCUCUGCCAUGUUCCUGUAAAGCGUAUCUAUAAAGUUUUUCUCUGUGUGCUUAAUCCCAAGUACUUGAUUUUAAAACAAAAAAAAGUUCAGACAUUGUUUUAAAUUAUUUUUUAUCAGAUCAGUCAUGCUCACCAGGGCAAUUUUAUAAACAACUUUUGCCAUUUUGUGCAAUAUUUGGAGGAAUUUUUCUUCCUGUUCUUCCUGUUUCAGCUCGGAUGAACAGGGCAUGUCAAGUUUGUGUGUAACAUGAGCCACGUGUUUGUGUUGAUACUGUAUGUAAUUAAGGUUUGAUUGAGACAAGCCUAAAAUUAACCUUAUGUGACAUUAACUGCGCUAAAGGGUGCACUAUGAUCAAGGUGUUUCAGGAUACAUUUACAGAAACAGUUCUUUUUUCAUUUGCCAUAAUAAAAGAUUACUUCUUGUU